CCGCCGGCCCUGACCCCUGAGCCGGGUUUCCUGGCCUCGUCCAGGGACAGCUUCUCCCAUGACGCGAUCGAGUCGUCGCUCCAGGCCUCAGGGCGAGAUAAAAGGACUGUGCUGACAGGGGACGGAGGGAGCAUCGGAAUGGCCUUCAGGGCACAGGCGCGAGGGUGGCGGGCCGGGCCCUGGCUGGCCCUGAGCAGGGCUCGCGCACUGGGCACCCGAGCCGCUCCGGCCCCCAGGGCGGUGCUGCCCUUCGAAGCCGUGCCCCGCUGUCCCGGCAACAAGUGGAUGCGGGUGCUGCAGAUCUGGAGGCAGCAGGGCUCUGAGAGCCUCCACCUGGAGAUGCACCGCACCUUCCAGGAGCUGGGGCCCAUUUUCAGGUAUGACGUGGGAGGGACACACAUGGUGCACGUGAUGCUGCCCGAGGACGUGGAGAGGCUGCAGCGAGUGGAGAGCCCUCAGCCCUGGCGGCCGCCCCUGGACCCCUGGCUGGCCUACCGACAGCAUCGUGGGCACAAAUGCGGCGUGUUCCUGCUAAACGGGCCCGAGUGGCGCCUGAACCGACUGAAGCUGAACCCGGACGUGCUGUCGCUACAGGCCGUCCAGAAGUACAUCCCCAUGGUGGACGGGGUGGCCAGGGACUUCUCACAGGCCCUGAGGGCGAGAGUGCUGCAGAAUGCCCGCGGGAGUCUGACCCUGGACAUCCGGCCCAGCAUCUUGUACUACACCGUAGAAGCCAGCAGUUUGGCCCUGUUCGGGGAGCGGCUGGGCCUGCUGGGCCCCAGCCCAAGUCCUGCCAGCCUGCACUUUCUCCAGGCCCUGGAGGCCAUGCUGAGGUCCACGGCCCAGCUCCUGUACCUGCCGCGGGGCCUGUCGCGCUGGACGAGUGCCAGGGUGUGGAAGGAGCACUUUGAGUCCUGGGACUACAUCGUCCAGUACGCCAACGAAGCCAUCCAGAGGAUCUACCAGGAGCUGGCCCUCGGCCGCCCGCAGCACUACAGCGGCAUCGUAGGGGAGCUGCUGCUGCGCGCGGACCUGAGCCUGGAGGCCGUCAGGGCCAACUGCAUCGAGCUCACCGCCGGGAGCGUGGACACGACGGCCUACCCCUUGUGGAUGACUCUGUUCGAGCUGGCUCGCAACCCUGAUGUGCAGCACGCCCUGCGCCAGGAGAGCCGGGGGGCCCAGGCCGGCAUCGCCGAGAAUCCCCAGACAGCAGUCACAGAGCUGCCCCUGCUGCGGGCCGCCCUCAAGGAGACCCUGAGGCUGUACCCCGUGGGUAUCUCGGUGGACCGCCAGGUGGGCUCGGACGUGGUGCUGCAGAACUACCACAUCCCGGCGGGGACCUUGGUCAAGGUGCAGCUCUACUCCCUGGGUCGAAACCCCUCCGUGUUCGAGAGGCCCGAGCGCUAUCAUCCCCAGCGCUGGCUGGACGGCCGGGGCUCCGGCACCAGGGCCCCCAGCCUGGCCUUCGGCUUUGGCGUGCGCCAGUGCCUGGGGCGGCGCCUGGCCGAGACCGAGAUGCUGCUGCUGCUGCACCACGUGCUCAACAACUUCCUGGUGGAGACCCUCACCCACGAGGACGUCAAGAUGGUCUACCGCUUCAUAAUGAUGCCCUCCACCCUCCCCCUGCUCACCUUCCGGGCCAUCCACUAGGGUGUCGCCCCGCUGUCGGGCCCCCACGCCGCCAGCCCACUGCCUGACCCCGGCCAGCCCUGUUUGUCCCCUUGGGCCCUGCUUCCUGAGCCACACAGUGCAGCCGGCACCUUGCACAGAGGGUCAACGGGAGGAUGCCUGGCGGCAGGCCCUGGUGUGUGCCCGGUGCCGCCAGCACCCUCCCGGGCAGCGAGCACCCUCCGGGGGCCUUUGAGGCCCUGUCGCCCCGACACUAGCCCCUGGGGCUUCGGAUGUGCACACCCCACCCCCCGCCUCGCCUCGCUGUCCAAUCUGUUAGCCCCUGUGCCCUCUGCCCCCUGAGGAGCUGCCAAUCUCGGGUCCUCGUCCUGCUCGGUGCCAUCUCAAGGGCCAUACUCUGUGCCCAGCCUAGAGCUGCAAGCGUGGCCGGUAGUUGCCCCACCCCAGCCCCAGCCCCACCCCCACCCGUUGUGCUCAGUCCACUUGGGCUUCUCCUGGCCCUGCGGGGCUCUGGGCUUAUGGCGAAAGCCCCCAGCCGAGGGCCUGCACGACCAGGUCAGGGUCGCGUUGACUAGAACAGCCACCCAGGAGCUCACGGGGACGAUGGGCCGUGGAGAUGACUCGCCAAGCAGGGAGGAUGGUGAAGUCUCUGGCUAGCCGCGGGAUGACCUCGGAGAAACCUCUAGAAGCAGGCUUGGGGCGCCCUCAGCCAGGCACAGCCACACGCUCCCUUGAGAGAGGGCCUCUGUGUGCCGUGGCCGCCCGCCCUGUCACAGCGGCCCCUCGGGCCUGACCCGGUGGCAGGAAGGGGCUUUGAACGGCGGAGAGCCGGCUGGGGUCUCCUAGCUGGCAGCAGCGAGCAGCCUGUCCCAGGCGGCCCGGCGCAGGGGACACCCCCGGCUGGAAGGGGCUGAGGCAAGGCCGGGCGGGGGCCGCUCUGCUCGGUGUCCCUGGCCCCCGGGAGAGCCGGCACUCGGCGCCCAGCCGGGCAGCGGGAGGAAGGGCACCCUCAGGCUGUGCCAGCCCUGCCCGUGCCCAGGGGCCCCUCGGCGGCAUCUGUCCCUGCGCGAGUCCCCGGAGGAAGAAGAGACCUGGCGCCCUCGGCACGCCGUCACCCUGGAGGAGGGCUGCUGCCCGCGGCGUGCUCUUCCCCUGGGCGAGGGGGACGGGGAGCCACGGAGACGAGCGGGGAGCCCGUCCCUUCAUCCCCCUCACCGCGAGAGGACGCCCAGCUCACAGGCCCCGGGGAGGACCUGGCAAGGUG